AUGUUGAAACUUUACAGAGGCAUUUCUACGGUUGCUGCUGCUGUUCCAGGCCGUUUGAUUGUGGCUUUAGAUGGCCCAGAUAUCAAAAAGGGCCUUGAUGGACUUAUUAAAUCAAACCCAGUGUUUAUGGCCUCAAAAAGCUACUGUCCAUAUUGCUCAAGAGCAAAAACUAUACUUGAUCUUUUACGUGUUGAAUAUGCCUAUAUUGAACUAGACCAUAUGAUCCCUAGCGUAUUUAUCGGGACUCGCCACGUGGGUGGGAGCUCCGAUUUGGCUCAACUUAGUGAAGAUGACAAACUCCGAGGACUACUUGAGAAGGCAGGAGCCCGGUUUCUUCCAGCUCAGUCUAAGAUUUAA